UUUUUUAGCGCACCUGCCAACAGAUUGUAUCUCGCAGUCCAACAUCGACUCCCACGACUCUCCACCAGUUUCAUCAACCGUCCCCCUUGUUCCUUGUUCAAACAGUUUCUGUUAUUCGCAUUCUGCGACUUCCAUUGUCGAAGAUUGGUCUCAGCCCCAUCCACAGGCUUUUCUGUUUCCAACAAUCGUCCGGCCUCGUGGCUGACCGAAGUACAAUGCUCAUUCGACAGUCGCUGAGGCCGGCAUAUCCGCAUUGAAGACCAUGCCAGAUUCACGACACCAGCAUGAUCCUGGCUGGCCCCAUGCAAGUCAAUGCUGCCAUGAAGCCCUCCGAGUCAGCACAAAGGUUGGUUGAGUUUGGUUCCUUGCAGUUUGUGUCUACUGGAGAACCUUCCGCUUUUCUUUCUCCAUACUUCAGCUGCUCUGGCGCAGGCCAAGCAUAUGGCUGGCUGUGAACCAUGUUUGUCUGGUAAUCGUUUCACUUUCACACUCGCAGUUUGAGACUUCGACCUGCUGGACCAAGUUUUCAUUCACAUCACUCGUUUCCUUCUUCUCCUGUCUUUCACCUUUGACCCUACCAAUUUGAGAUUUUGUUUCUCCUGGACGGCUGGUCCGGCCCGUGUUUAAUCAUGCCUACGAGAUGGCUUUCUCUCCGCCACCGUCAUCCUCUCGCUCGUGACGAUUUCUAUUCUCAAUCAACAGGAUCAUAUCGGCAGGAUUUCGAUUUCGCUUUUACUGACAAUCCUGCCACCAUCCUCACUGUUCCUGGUACGACCCGAACUGUGGUGACCGGGGGACAGGCCGAGAUACGCCCAAAGACUGCUGCAGGGGCAAUGGGAAGGAGGCGACCGCGAGAUCGAACACCUAGGGCUCGUCCACAGACAUCCGACCAAGAAACCCGAUCACCCAUUAAUGACGCCUCAAGAUCAGAGGAUACGUUGAUCGGUCUCGCUUUUGGGAGCCCGUCCCAUCCUCCGACGUCCUUUUGUACUCCUAAAAUCGAACCUGUUCCUCUCGAGCUCAGUCCGAUGCCUCGUCAACAACCCUCCUCUCUGGAAAAAUCAAUACAGAUGCAGUCAAGGACGUGGAAGAAAUUCGGAAGCUUGUUCAAAUGUAAGGAACCCGUCGUGAAGCGAGAUGAGAUUCAGCCAGGCCCAACCAUCGGACUGCCGACGGGCUUGGUCGUGUUGGAUAAAAGCCCCACAAGCCAGACGAGAAUGCUUGCAGAACACAAACUACAGCCGAUUCAAAGAAGCCGUGCCGACCAUGAUGCGUCAUCAACUCUUGCGGGAAAGAAGCCGCCAUCGAACCUCCGGCACGCGGUACAGUCUGAAGAGGAUGGAUCACAAAAUGAACGACGGGAGAGAAUUUUGCCAAAAUUGGAACUGGAGAUCCCAACUGCGCCUCUGGAUCGGUAUAGUGUCAUGUUUCGUAAUCUACCUGCAGCCACUCGCUCUUCGUCUUUGUUGGCCAGACGGAGCAAGACCCUGGGGAGUCUCAAAUCAUUUGACGACAAUCGACCCACCACCAAGGACAGGGACGACCAAUUACCCCAUUCAUCCACGGAGGAGUCUUUGACGCCUCUCUUUCCACCCAGACGGCCGACAACACCUACCUCGACCAGAUCCCCUGCGGGAAGCAAAUAUUCGUUAUUUCCGACAACGACACAAACGCCAGUCAGGGGUUCUGGGCACACGGCAGCGGCAGCUUUCGAGAAUGACACACUCGGUGCAGGUCAAUUGAAACGAUCUGCCACCUCCCCUGCCAGUUUGUCCCCUAUGCGAGAUGAGCAUGCAGCAGCAAAACCUCAGCCUCUAAGCCUCAGAAGGACAGCAUCCGAUGAACGUGUCGUUGAGAGAACCAUAGGUGAUGGACGGCCUCUGCGGAGGAUCAUUUCGCACGAGCAGCUCGCCAGCAGCCCGGACGAGCAUACGGCUUCCACAGACAAAGGGACACCGUGGAGCACUGCGCACUCGCUCAAAUCGUCUGUCUCGUCCGCCACGACCGUGGAUGAGAUCUUCUUCGAUAUUAAAUCGUUCCGAGAUUCCCGGGGGGUGGAAGAUGGACAAUUUGUCAUGACGAGACCAGCUUCGGCGGCGGUGGAGCUGGCUCGAACCAGGUCAAAGCGCGGGGUGACUACGGAUCGAUCACAACGGCCACAAGGUGCUCAGCCGGACGAGCCUGAAGAGGCCAUUCCCCCGAUCCCAGCGUCUGUGAUGACAUCCAGCCUGGCGGUCACUUCGGCAGUCACCACUAAACACACCUCAGUCAACACGGAAUAUUUCGAUGAAGCUAUUGCCGCAGUCGAGAGACUCACGUCGCCAACCAUUACAGACGUUGUGCAAGACGUCCCUAUCAUGGUUUGUGAUGUGCCUGUCUAUAACACGGAGUCACCAGGUAGCGCUUCGGUAAAGGUAUUUUCGAACCCGACAUCAAUUUCGGACGAGGGCCAUAAUUUCUCGCCGCAAACUCAACCCAAAACAACUCACGAAGUCUCCCGUCUGAUUCCUUCCCCCGUGGUGGAGGUAAAAGAAGAUUUAUCCCCCAACAGCGCUUCCGGAUCCGUCGCCACGAUCGUGCCCAUAUCCACGCCGCCGUCACCGCCAGCGCCAGCACCACCAGCUCCAGCCGAGGCCCCCAAGCUUCCCAAAUCUACGGCAUCCCGCGUUGCUGCUGUGAAACGAGUCGAUCGACCGAUUGACGACUCACCAACCAUCCCUCAGGAACCCCCUAGAACCACACCAUCCGUCCUUGCACAGUCAUCAUCACCACUCACGCCUGAAGGUGAAGGUGAAAGUGAAAUUGAAAAGCCGCCACCAGUACCGAAAAAGGACGCCAAAUAUAUUCCAUUAUCUCGAUACGCGGCCAAAAACACCGUGUCCAGAAUCGAGCAAGCGGGCAUCAUUCCGACGCGCCCCGCGCGAGCAAAUACCGACAACGGUCUCGGCAUCAGUACUAGCACUAAUAACAAUACCACGAGACAACAUCAACAUCCGCCACGAACCGUAUCGUUAGUCACCAAGGAACGGUCCUCGACUCUUCCUUCGUCCCUACGACCCCCAUCGCGUCCUCAGACGGAAUCUUCUUCCACAUCGCCCUCCGCGGCUCUUCGAGGUCUUGAGAAAAUCGUGCCACCGCCAGCGUCAUCGUCGUCGGCGUCGUUGUCAUUGUCUUCUCGGUCUCAGUUCACAACUACGACUACUACUGGCACCGCAGAAGUCGCAGUGGCUCGUACUGUAUCUUUGUCUCGCAAGCAGAGCGCUCGUGUCCUUGUCCCGCCUCCAAGACUUGGUCAGCAGGCUGGUCGUCCGAAUCGGCUGGAAGCGCCUCGGCGACAGACGCCUUCGCCGCCACAGGGCCAGCAGCAGCAGCAACAGGGACAGGCUUUGGGUCAUCAGCACCGUCGGACAGGAUCGAGGUCCUUGUCAAGAGAUAAAAUCAAGACUUUCAUGUUCGGCGGCCCCAGUGGUGGUGGUGAGCAGUCGCAGUCGGAUUCGGAUCGAGAAAAAGAGAAAGAGAAAGAGAGGGCUAGACAGCAGCUUGAGAAACAGGUCGCGAUGAGGGAGAAAGAGAAAGCGAAAGAGAAAGAAAAGGAGAGGGACAGGGAGCCCCAGCAGCAGGUCCUCGCGAUCCGUAAAAAGGUGUCUGAGUCUGAUGAUAACGUUAAUGGCCUCGAACAACUUGAACCACCCCGCCAAUGGGAGAUUCUUGAUAAAUCCCGUUGGGAGAUCUUGGAGAAAAAGGCAUAUUCGCCUGUCGUGGUGCAGCAGGCUGAUAGGGGACAUCGGCCUGGGUUGAGUGUUGGUUUGGUUGUGGAGAGUGUAUAAUUUGAAGCUGUCGUCCUCAUCCCCUGGCUUGAGAGCAGUGGAAGGAACGGGGUACUAAAAGGCGUCUGUCUGGCAAGGGUUGGGAUGAUAUAAACAGGAUAGGAUGGGAUGGAAUUGGAGUUGGAAGGCGUCCCGUUGGUCAAUCAAAGAGCAGCUAGACGUUUCUGUUUGAUUUACUGUGCACAUUGCACAAUACGCGCAGUGGGGUGUUCCCAAAUUGCAGUGUGGCUUUGUGUGAGUAAAGCUGGCACUGCCUUGAUGAGGAAGCAAUUGUAGUGUACUGUAUAAAUUGUAUAUACGGGAUGGCCAUUUGCGCGAUAGACAAGACAUUGACGUUAACCUCGAUGUUGACGUUACCAUUACCACUAGACAUAUAUGCCGCAUAGUAUGUCCGGAUUGGAUAAUAUAUUGCAAUACCUAAAG